AUGGACGACUCGCCACGUUCUGCAAAGAGACGAAAGCUCGAUAUCCUAAAGAGCGACGGAAUCAGCACGCCUGCAUCGCGCUCCGCACAGAAGACGCCGGCACGGCUUUCUCGAUCAGCAGCAAAGAAAAAAGGAGCGGCCCUUCCAGACGUGUGGCAGGACACAGCACGGCGGCGCAAGCCUCAGCACGAGAGCAAUGGUGUUUCAGCAAAACACGCUGUCGUGGAGGAGGAUGAUAUCUUCGACGACAUUGAAGGAGCGCUCGGCGUAGAGAGACCGACUACACAGAAGAAGCGGCAGACAAAGGCAAUCCAGAGAGAGGAUACAGCGACUGCAGACGAACUCCAGCAGCCCUCGACGACACCGAAACGUGGGCGACUACGAUCCACCAAGAACGCCCAAAGCGCGAGCCGAAGCGCAUUCAAAGACUCGAUCAGCAGCUACAAACACGAGAAAGGCGACGACACGGAUACUCAGGAUGAGCUUGCUGAGGCUGCGACGCCUUCGAAACAUACAAAGACGCCUCGUUCAGCCGCACGCAAGACACCAACGGCAAGAUCAACAGGGCGGAAGAAGAAGGAGCCAAGUCCUGAAGAGGGGGCUGAUGACGAUGAUGUGGAGGAAGCUUUUGUUGUCACGCCGUCUGAAUCCAUCAAACGAAGCAAAACAGCUCGGACUCGAGCAGAGAUACCAGACACCGAGAACGAAGUAGCGAAACGUCCACCACCGAGCACCACCAAGAAGGCUGCAGAGCGACGCCGACGAAAUCGUGCCGACCAUACCAACAAUAGAGAAGACGAGAGCUCGCCUGUUCUGGAGCCUGUCCAAGACGACGAUGACUUGGAGGUGGACGGCAACAGCAUAAUGGAUAGUAUGCUUGACCCGACCGAGCCGAGUCCCUUCAACAAGCCUCCGUCAGCCCAAAAGAUACUGCCAGCGCCCGCCAUCAUAUAUGGUGACCUUCCAGCGGGCCGCGCGUUGGACCUGCUGAAGAGUAUCGUCAUGGAGCGCAUUACUGGGAAACGUGCCUCGCCCCUGGUUGGCCUGGAUGAAGAGUACAAGUCUGUCCACCAGCUUGUCGAGCACACCGUGACAGCAGGAGAGGGCAACUCACUGCUCCUGAUCGGAGCGCGAGGCAGUGGCAAGACAGCCCUCGUAAACAAAGUCCUGUCAGAAGUAUCCAAGGACAACGCCGAGGACUAUCACGUCAUACGACUGAACGGGUUCAUUCAUACAGACGACAAGAUUGCGCUGCGUGAAAUCUGGCGACAGUUGGGCAAAGAGAUGGACGUUGAGGAAGAUGGCAGCGGUCCUGGCAAGAACUACGCCGACACCCUACAGACGCUUCUCGCAUUGCUGUCCCACCCGUCCGAGCAAACAGGAGAGCACACAGAACAUGUAGCUAAGGCUGUCAUCUUUAUCAUGGAUGAAUUCGACUUGUUUGCUCAGCACCCACGUCAGACUCUCUUGUACAAUCUGUUCGAUAUUGCGCAGUCACGCAAAGCGCCUAUCGCCGUGCUAGGCCUGACAACGCGGAUCGACGUGACGAAUAGCCUGGAGAAGCGGGUCAAGAGUCGAUUCAGCCAUCGCUAUGUCCAUGUCAGUCUUGCGAAGAGCUUCACGGCCUAUCAGGAAAUCUGCAAGGCGUGUCUGACUGUUCAGCCCGACCAACUGAGCGUUGAGGAGCGAGGCAUUCUAUCUGGCGGCGUAAAGACCACGCCAGCAAAGAGAACGAAGAAGGACGGCCCAGCCGACGUUCUCGGCGAGUGGAACGCCCAUAUGGAAAAGCUCUUCGCAACCCCAUCCUUCCUAACGACACACCUCGCGCCGACCUUCCACCUGAGCAAAUCCGUGCCCUCGGCACUAACCACCUUCCUGCUCCCCACCGCCAGCCUGGCGCCCAACCACCCCUUCACACCCUCCGGCAGCCUGACCCCCACAGACUCCAAACUCACCUUGCUCCCCUCGCUCAGCACACUAGCUCUCUCCCUCCUCAUCGCAGCCGCCAGACUCGACAUCAUCCACGACAGCGACACGUGCAACUUCAACAUGGCGUACGACGAGUACGUGACGCUGGCGAGCAAGGCGCGGAUCCAGUCUGCAGCAGGCGGGCUGAGCGCAAGCGGCAGCGUGAGCAAAGUGUGGGGCAAGGACGUGGCGCGCAGGGAGUGGGAGGCGCUCGUCGCGCUCGGCUUCAUUGUGCCGGUUGUCGCGGGCCAGAGUGCCGGGUUCGGCAUGUGCAGGUGCGAUGUUGCGCUUGAGGAGAUUGGGGGGGUGCUGGAAGGGGAGAAGGGCGUGGAUCGGGGGCUGGAGAGGUGGUGCAGGGCUAUUUAG